AUGAGUCAAUUAGCGAAUACAGAUCCAUGCCAUGAGACACGAGCCAACCGCCGACAAUUUUCCACCAUAACGCCGGUCAACAGAUUUGGCCUGAUCCGUAUCCAGAACCAUCCGCAGCCGGUCGAACCUCACCCCAAGCGCGAGUAUAAGUUUAGCUUCUUCUUCGACGACGAUCAUGACUUCCUCAUCUUCGCCUACUCGGGAGAGCUCGACCUCUCGGAGUACACAUCGGAUUGGCUCAUCGACCAUGACCUGGACCUCCACUUUCUCCGACCGAUUCGUAACUUGGUGGAAUGCGUUUCGGGUGCGAUGUUUGAGACAUCUCGGCAUCACAUCACCUUCGCCAUACCGCCUAUGCGGCUGCGCAAACGCUCUCCACCAGCAUUGUUUGUGCGAGACGCUCAUUUCGGCUUUCGCUUUCCUCUUGGAGCUGACGACGGCGAUGUGGAACUCAGCUGUUCGAACCGAGACGAUAUCCUCACCUUAGUAAGAGAUUGGCUGGACGAUCUCGAGCUGGACCAGCAAUUCCUCAUUCCUGUACGCAACGUUGUAGAGCAAAUGAUCGAAGGGAUUGCCGAUAAUCCGCGCCAUGAAGUUGUGGUUUUGCCAAGCAUUGAUCUCUAUGACGAACCGAGACGCAUCUGGUCGCUGGCUCGGACGCAGUUGACGGGGCGUAUCGAGCACAACACACCGGACGGGCAUCAGUAUGCGCAUGAAGUGUUCUGCUCCCCGCGGCCUGCUCGCUCCACAAGCACCAUGAGACAGAUCAGCCCCGGAAUGUUUCGCGACUUCAAUACCGGCCAUUUCCGACAGUAUGUUCUCCACGCUAUGUUGAUGCAAUUCUGGGGACUUCUGCCGGCUCGAAUUGUUUGCGUCACGCUGGCGACAUGCGCGCAGAUUCUCCAUCGCUACGUUGAGGACUGCCCGUGCCACAGCGAGGACAUUGGAGAGCUUGAAGGGCUCAAAUUGACUUUGCUCAAGCAUCUCAGCCAAAUCAUCCCAUGCGAGGAUCACUUGGCUCCCGAGAAACUCCACAGCCGUAUGCGGUACCUUUUCGAGCAGCUCAGAUGCUUCCUUCAGACCACUGGUCAAUCUACCGAGCAGGUGGUGCGGUCAGCGAGAGCAGAGCAACAAGCACGGCGUGCUGCUGAAUGUGUCAUUCGAGCACUCGAUAUCACAUCUCGGAAUCACUCGUACGCAGUCGGCAGUUGGGCCUGGGAACAACUGCUUAUUCCCCUGAGUAGACCCCGACUGGGUGUCCUUGAGGCUUCAUUCAUUGGUUGGCCGGGUAAUAAUAGAAGCAACCAGGACAGUCGUCAGGGCUCAAGGGCCGAUGAGCAAGCAAUCCAUCACACUAUGGAUACGACGAGCACUGAGUCUUCACAUUGGGACGCGCUGGAGGAACAGGCUACAGGAAAUAUUGAAGACCCUUCGACUUCUCGAGCAUCCCAUGUGAUGGACGGUACGAGUGGGAAGAAACGCAAGACAGCCUUCCGUUAA